CUCAAUAAAAAUAACAGCAUGGUUCAUUGAAAGUUUGGAUUGCAUUUUUUUGGGUUCGUGCGGAUCAGAUACUGGGAAAUUCAUGAGAUUCCGCAGGCAUGCGUUUCUGAUGCCAUUACGGAGGAGCCGCCUCAAGCUUAAACAUGAGACAAAGUUGCAAAAGGAAUAUUUUGAAAAGAAACGACAGCUCAAGAGCAACACCAACACAGCAAUAUCCCAGAGGGUUAGUAAAGCAACAGCUCGAGCAAGCCAAGAUCUCCUUAGUCUGGAAGUGAUCAUGGCAGCUCACAGGGAGAAGAAGAAGCAGAAAAAAGAUAAAAGAGGCCGCACCUCAGAGACCAUUGGUCAUACCACCUUCAAGAAAUCUAGUAAAGCACCAUACUUCAGAGAAAGUUCAUUGAAGCAGCCACAGCACAUAUUUCCAGAGCUCUCUCCCAUCAGACCAAAGGUGUCAGCUGUAAAUCUUGAAAAGGGUGGGCAAGGCAUUCACCUUCACUCAGAUUUAGAAAAUCAAGAGUGUAUCUUCAGCAGAAGGCCUUUAUCAACUUUAUGCACUGAUGGAUGUGAAUCAAAAUCUGACAGACAAAUAAUAACAGACCACAAAGGAAAGUUUUGUUUAAAGGAAAAUGCAUUUCCUCUUGAUCAAACACAUCAAACCCUCUGAAGUUGAAUUACAGUUUUAAAUAAGAUAGCCAUAGCUUUUGUCACUUAAGGUAAUAAAUGACUGCAUGCUGAACAGUCAAUUUUGCAAGUUUAUGUUUGAACUUAUUAUUAACUUAAUUGUUGAGAAUUUUUUAAAAAAAAUUACAGGUGUUUAAGUGCAAAAUUCCAGAAUUGAGCUUGAAAAAUGUUGAGAUCUCAUUUGUUACAGCUAUAACAUACUUUAAAAUUUAAAUUUAUCAUAAAGACCUGGAGCAAAACUUCCAUAUCUGGGAAAAAAUAAAUUUAUUAAAAAUUAACUCAUUCUUGAGCAUUGUUUAGUCAGUGUGUCAAUAAACUAUUGUAUUGUCUUGUGACAGUUUGACAAAUAUGAAUAUCAAUCUGUCUUUUUUUAAUGAAAUAUGUAUACUGACUGAGGAAAGAUGAGGAAGUUAACAGUGGUGUUGUACUGCAUAUAUUUUGAAUAAAUGGGAUGCUAUUUUAGAUACAACUGAUGUAAGUUACUUUACUAUUGUCAUCAGCCAGGGCACCCCACACUUUUUGCAUGCUUCUCUCAGUAUUUGUGAGCAGCUCUUGAAAAUUUUCUGUCAUCAAGCAAUGCAUCAGCCCAAGAAUGUAGCAAUGGUCUUUCUUCUUUGUGGGAGGGGGAGCACUCAGUGUAUAAGGGUUUUUGUGAUGAGGAGAGGUCACACCCAUUCUGGCAGUCAAAAGGUUUGGCUUUCUUG